CCAACCAGGUCUCUACUACCCCUCACGCAUCUCCCUCGAUUAGGCUGUCCAGCACAACGUACCGGUCAUCCUGCGCCUCCUCUGUCUCCACGGGCUGGGCACCAACAGCGAUGUACGUAUAGCCCUUUCUUUGGACAACCACCGUGCCAAACGCCAGUUCUAACAAGACGAAACUCAACCGACAGAUCCUUCGAGCACAGACAGGUAUGAUCUCCGUGAAUCCUGCGAUCCAUCUAUCUUUCACCCGCCUAGGUGCGCUGCAUCAUGCUGAUCUAACGUGUUAAAUGUUCCUCCGGCACGUAGCCGCCCUGCGCUAAAACCUGAGCCAGGAUGAGAAUAACAGCACGAACCACAACAACCAACCUAUGCACGAAUUCGACUUUAUUGAUGGAGCAGUGCUCUGGCCCCCAGCACGGGGCAUCUCCGACGUCUUCAGAGAACAGGUGGACUGUUAUUCCUACUUCGACGUGUCAGCGGCGAGUAUUCUGCGCGCGGUGGAGGAUCUGGCAGUGUACGCACGGACCAACGGUCCGUUCGAUGGGGUGAUCGGCUUUUCUCAGGGGGCGGUCCUUGCGGCCACUCUUCUGAUAGCCCUAGCCAACGCCAACGACACCGCCCCCAACAACAGCAACAGCAACAGCGACCUCCCACUGGCUUUACGGCCCCUGCUCGCGGAGCCUCCAUUUCGAUUCGCCGUCUUCCUCUGCGGUAGGGACCCCUUUGACCUGGCUGCGCUGCAGGAAGGUGAGAUUCGCCUGCUCCGGGAGCUCCCUCCCGGUCACUCCGCCUGGAUCCGCAUACCCGUGGUCAAUUGUUGGGCGUCCAACGACGAGGACUAUCCCGGUAUGGGACCGUCAUUGUCGGCGCUGUGCGACAGCGGGGUGAAUGAGCAAGUGGUCCAUGCGGUUGGCCAUGGAGUACCCACCGAGGGCGAGGACCUUCAUCGAUUGGUGACUGCGGUCCGGGCCACGAUGGAGCGUGCACAGCACUGCGAACUGGCGCAGACUUAGCACAUUCUAUCUGUACAGACAGUACCUUGUACGGUACCUCACUUCUGUGACUCUUUCCUCCUUUUUUGGA